AUGUGUGAGUAUCAUGGAAAUGAUGGUCAUAGGACUGAGGAUUGUCGCCAAUUGAGAGAAGAGGUGGAUCGGCUGUUGAAAAACGGUCACCUUCGUGAAUUCCUGAGUGACCGAGCCAAAGGACACUACAAAAGCAGGGAAAAUCACAAACAGGUCGAGCCUAUGGAGCCACAACACGUGAUCAAUAUGAUAAUCGGAGGAAUCGGAGGAACGAAUAUGCCACGAGGACCGAUGAUGAAGAGUACAAAGGUUUCAAUUGUUCGAGAGAAACAAACCAGGGAUUAUGUGCCCAAGGGAGCUAUUUCAUUCAACGAUGAGGAUGCAGAAGGCAUCAUUCAACCACACAAUGAUGCGUUGGUAAUUUCUACCCUUACUUUUAAAUCUCAAGUUAAACAUAUUUUGAUUGAUCCAGGUAGUUCAGCCAAUAUUAUCCGAUCGAGAGUGGUAGAACAACUGGGGCUAUUGGACUAA